AUGGCUUUUCCAAAUCCAUCCAUGUCAGUUUCUCCACAGAGGAAGAUGGGAAGGGGGAAGAUUGAGAUCAAGCGGAUUGAGAACACCACCAAUCGCCAAGUCACCUUCUGCAAGCGCAGAAAUGGCUUACUCAAGAAGGCAUAUGAAUUAUCUGUGCUUUGUGAUGCAGAGGUUGCUCUAAUUGUCUUCUCUAGCCGUGGCCGUCUCUAUGAAUAUGCUAAUAACAGUGUCAAAGAAACUAUUGAGAGGUACAAGAAAGCAUGUUCAGAUUCAUCUGGAGCUGGAUCUGCUUCUGAGGCUAAUGCUCAGUUUUACCAGCAAGAAGCAGAAAAACUUCGUGCGCAAAUUAGUAAUCUGCAGAAUAACAACAGGCAAAUGAUGGGUGAGUCUUUAGGCUCUAUGAAUGCCAAGGACCUUAAAAACUUGGAGACUAAAUUAGAAAAAGGAAUUAGUAGGAUUCGUUCCAAAAAGAAUGAGCUGCUAUUUGCCGAAAUUGAGUACAUGCAGAAGAGGGAGAUAGACUUGCACAACAACAAUCAGCUUCUUCGAGCAAAGAUAGCUGAAAGUGAGAGGAGCCAGCAUAACAUGACUGUGUUGCCGGUAGGCACAAAUUAUGACUCUAUGCAGUCUCAGCAGCAAUUCGACUCUCGUGGCUACUUCCAAGUCACUGGUUUACAACCCAAUAAUCAGUACGCACGGCAAGAUCAGAUGUCCCUUCAAUUAGUGUAA